AUGGCUGGCCGGAGUGUUUCCCCUGGGGCGGCGCUCCUGAGAUCAUCUCGGAUGUUCUCAAUGCCAGCCCCAAUACCUGCUCCUCCUGGUGACCUUUCUUCGGCAACUAAACACUACUCUCCGACUUCCACGAUCCAUUUCCCGACGCAUCUUACUGUAACGACGACUGCGUCCUCUCGAAUUAAUGGCGACUGGGGUUUUAAAAGGCCAUUUCCUCUAAAAACUACGACGAAUACCACCUACCCCCUCGCGCGGGUAAGGCAAGUCGAUUCUAUCGAGCAAGUCACAGAUUUCCAGUCUGCAUCAGACCAUACGGUAACUUUACGGAAGUACCAGGAAAUGAACUUGCCAAUUAGUGUACCAAUCUCAAACACCCAGGAUACUUAUUCGGCUGUUAAAUAUACGAAGUCGGUCUUUGAGGAGGAUGCCGAUCUGACUGCUUUAAACGAUGAGCAGAAAGCGGAACUGGCAAACAAAAGGUGGAAGUUCUCAGGGCCAUGGCUUGCCGGUAUGACAGAUGGCGACUUUAAGAAAUUCCUUGAUAAGAAGGUGCGGAGUAAGCGUGUGGAAUUCCGUGCCUUUUUAAAGAAGGUCUUGGCGGCCGAGUUGUCGAAGGAACAGGCACAGAAGGCUGGCGAUGCUGGGGAGGAGAUACCACCACAGCUCACCGGUGAAGAUAUUACGGAAGAUCAACUGACAGACUAUGUGAGGGAACUGAGGCAAGACCGCAUGGCCCUAUACAACCUCGUCAGUCGGUUCCUAGAUCUUGCUCCAGUGGAUUUGUCCACCGAACUCCACAUGCUUGGUAGAUUGAUACCAGGAAAAAGGAAUGAACUCGCUAGUGGGAGUCCGUAUGGGGCAACUGGACCCCCUAUUACACACCCUUCAGCUGGUAUUUCUUAUCUGCGCACCCGGAAUUUCCAGGAGAACCAUGCGAUCUACGGACCUCAGUUACAUCACGCCCCCAUCAAGGCGAGAGUCCUGAAACCCACGAACUUCGCCACGAACAGUUUCAAACCGAGCAUCGGUAUUGCUGGAUUCGUCGGCAACACGCCGAACGAGGAUACAGCAUUUAACUCAUCGAAGCAGAAGAACGUGUCUGAGUUCAGCACAGCCGUACACAAGCUAGAUCUCGAGAAAUACGGCGGAUCGAAGGUCUACGUGCAGCCUAACAUGGCGACGGUCGAUUCCACCGGAAGGGUUUACGUCAACAUAGGAGAGGCGAACGAGGUGAGCCAGUUGGUGCAGAAAGAGAUGGUGGGAGAGGGCACCGUAUUCGACGAGGUUGUGAAGAAGGGUGCGAUUCCGCAAGUGCCCCGUAAUCCUAGGGAAACUGGUAACUUUAGCGCGCGACUGGGAAACAGGGCAUCUGGCAGUGCCAGAGGUUACGGCCUCGGCCGAACUUUUGGGAGCAAUAAGGACUAUGAAUAG